AUUCAGUUAAUGAACGCGCUCGCGAUCGCACUCGCGUCCUAACUUCUCCCCUCCUCGCAUGCCAACAAUGCUUCGUAACGUGUUUACGUUUCUCCAAGCCUCCGUUUGAUCAUGUGUAUGUGUGCGUGUGGUGUGUCUGCGCGGGCGCUUAAUUCGCGCAUUGUAUCUAGCUAACUAACUGGCUGACUAGCCUCUGGGCCUGGCUGGGAAAAAAGACAGGAGAGAGACAACAACAAAAAUAUAAAGACAGUUAUGCCCUGCUGUGUCGCGUCAAUAACAAAAACAAGCUACAUAGCUGACGCCGUCUCGUUGUCGUCGACGUCGACGUCGGCAUCGACAUCGACAUCGUUGUCGUUGUUGUCGUCGUUUUCCUCUCUCUCUCAUCUGUCGAUCGUUGAUCGCUGUGUGUGUUUUGUCUUCUGUUUCGUUUUGUUAGUGUUUGUCGUGGUGUCGUUUAUUGUUGUUGCUGUGGCUGCUGCUGCUGGUGCUGUCGCUGGUGCUGAUGUUGCCGCCGCUUGCUGUUGUUGUUACGCGCUGUGACUGACUUAUUCAAUGAUUUAGUAAAAUAUUCAUAGCUCAUUCCAAAACUUGUUCUUGUGCCUUGUGCUGCAAAUACGACAAAAAAUAACGCGCUACAAAAUCCAAUUUCUAUGUAUCUAUCAAAUAGCAAAUAUAUAUAUUCAUAAAUAAGUAAUAAAUGCAUAUAUAUUCGUAAUGUUCUCUAUGUGUAGCAAUAGUUAACAAUUGUUUGUGUUGUGUUGUUUUUAUUUAUAUUCUGUGUACAUACAUAAAUAUUUCUUUAUUGUUAUUUGCUGCAAUUGAUUUGCAAGCCAGCUAUUAUUCAGUCAGUCGAGAUUGACUCUCGAUCAAUCAAUUAAAGUCUUUCAAACUAUCGGCUUGUGUCGCUUGCGUAUUCCGUCCAUAUCUCUCUCUGUUGCUCGUUCUGUUUGUGUUACUCGUGUGCAAUUCAAAUACACCGCCAAGCCACCCACCCGAAGAAAACAGUGUGUGGGGACCCUUAUUAUCAUAAACAAAACUAAAGGAAAACAUUUGUAUUUGCAAUAUUAUAUAUUAAACAUAUAUAUCACAAUGGAGGUGUGGCGCUUGCUAACGGUUGGCGCAUUUCUAGCAUUGGGAUUUGCAUGCUUCUAUGGCGUGGUGGAGUCGUGCAACGAAGUUGUCUGCGCCUCGAUAGUGUCCAAGUGCAUGUUGACGCAGAGUUGCAAAUGCGAGCUUAAGAACUGCUCCUGCUGCAAGGAGUGCCUCAAAUGCUUAGGCAUCAAGUACUAUGAGGAGUGCUGCAGUUGUGUGGAACUGUGUCCCAAGCCAAAUGAAACGCGGAAUGCGCUGUCCAAAAAAUCACACGUUGAGGAUUUUGAAGGCGUUCCAGAACUAUUCGAUGUGCUGGCCACUACAGAGGAUAGUGAAAGUGAAUACUGGGAUGUCUUCACAUUCCAAGUAGAUUGGUCUAGGGGUAAACCAAAACUGGAUAAAGAUGAGAAAUACUAUUUAAAAUAUAAUGACAAAAAUCUGGAAGAGGCUCAUGAGGAACGUGACAAUACGAAGACAGUCAAUUGUACGGUUAUAUAUUUAGAUCAGUGCGUAUCAUUAAAUAAAUGCCGUCAGUUCUGUCAAACAAUGGGUGCCAGCAGUUGUAGAUGGUUCCAUGAUAGCUGCUGUGAAUGUGUAGGCUCUACGUGCAUUAACUAUGGUGUUAAUGAGAGUCGUUGUCGACAAUGUCCAGAGACGAAGGAAUUGGGCGAUGAUUUUGAUGACGAAAUCGACGAGGAAAUGCAGGACUUUGGCGAUAGCAUGGGUCCAUUUGAUGGCUCAGUGAAUAGUAAUUAUUGAUAAUAACAGUGAACAAAUUUAAAG